AUGAAUUUUGAUAAUUUUACUCCAAUUGAAGAAACAAACCUAAUAUCCAAUAUUGAAAACAGUAAUGAAAUUACUGGAAUUACUGUUUUCAUUCCAAGUGGUUUUUCACCAGUUCUAGUACGAAAUAAUGAGACUGUAAAUUCACAAAAUAUGAUAAAGGAAAUACCUAGGCUAAAUAUAAAAAUCCUGGUAUUGGUUUUAAAUACGGGAAUAGAUAUAUCAUUAAACGAAAAAGCCACAAAAAAAGCUCCAAAUUGUUUUAUGUUGUUCAGAAAAGAUAUGUGUCAUAUUGUUAAAGCAUAUUACCAACAUUUAAGCAAUCAUGAAGUAUCAAUUCUUAUUGCAAAAUUGUGGAAACAUGUAAAUGAUGAAAUUAAAGAUGAGUAUAAAAAGCGAGCUCAAGAAAUCCAAAAAGUAUAUCAAAAAUGGAAUGCAGAUUAUAGCGUUAAGUAUACAUAUAAAAGAAAAUUAACUGAAGAUAAGGGGCGUCAUAAAAGGAAUAAGCAUACAAAUAAGUAUAUUGAUAAUCAAAUUUCAGAGCCACGUGAUCAAAUAGGAUUUGGUUCCAACUCUAAAGAAAAUAAUGAUGAAUUGCUAAACAAGCUGAAAAAAAUUCUUGACCUUUCAUUAGAUAACACUAUUAUAUCAAAAAAAACAAAUGAAAAAAAUAAUGUUAACAAAACUUAUUCUGAAGAGUCAAGUGUCAGAAAUAAUAACCAAAAAACUUAUUCCGAAGAGUUAAGUACAAAUGACCCAAAAACUUAUUCUGAAGAAAACAAAGAAGUAUCAUUUGAUUAUCCACAAGAAUUUGAUCUCAGUUUGCAAUCAGGAUACAAUCUUUUUGGAAAUCAAUUUCCAUUUACAAACUUUGGCUACGAGACAGAAAAUUUUGAGAAUCCUUAUAAUGAUCCUUAUGCAUUAAUAACAACAAAUAAAGUAGAGGAUUCUAAUGAACUGAUAUCUUACGAAAAAAAGUUUACAGAAAAAUUAGCUGAUGAAUCAGAGUUAUUGGAAAUGUUGACAACGGAAAGCAAAGAAAGUCCCCUUAAUAGUGAGCAGUCUUCAGGAAAGUUGGCAAAUUUAGAUAUUGAAUCAUUAAUGAGCAUUAUAACAAAAAAUAGGGCUGGCCAGAUAUAA